GUGAAUACACUAAGCAUUGGGAGAUAAACUCGGAGCAUAUCUGCAGCUAAUAUGCGAGAUCUAUGCACAGGGCACGAGAGUAUGGAGAAAUGAGGAACAACCUGCAGUCACAGGGACUGAUUAUAAGGGGGAGAGCAGGCAGCACAAAGUAAGAAAAGACUAAAGAAGAAGGACUUGAUCCAGAUUGAGAGCAAGAGGAUAAAGGGAGGAAAGGGCUGUCAAAACCAAGGAGAUGGCAGAGAAUCAAGACUGGCCCCAGCAUGCUCCUGUUAGGGCCACAGAUUUUUUUAGUGGUCCCCGAACUCAGCAACUCCCUGUGUAUUUCCAAGAACAGAACUGUUUCUCUAUCUACAAUGAAGAAAUCACCAGCCAACAUCACCCUGCAGCUGCUUGUCAGAGAAUCCCUCAGCCUUACAGUUCCUUUGGAUCUAGAUCAGAAUCCUGCUUUGCCAGUGCUGUUAUUUCCCCGAGCUAUGCCAGUGCCUCAGUGCCUUGUGUCUCUCCCAGAGCUGAACCAAAGCACAUGCCCCAUUACCCCUUACCUCAUGAUGACUUCAGCACAGAAACUGCCACCUUCCCACCGGAACCAUCAUUAAAAAUGCUGUGUAUUUCUCAAAACCUUCCUGUGCAAAAUCCAGACAUUUUGUUUCCACAAGUAUCCUGCCCAAAAAAUAAUUAUUCUGGCUCUUUCAUAGAAAGCAGCAUCCUUGGCCACACUGCACCCUCCCUUGCAGAUGGCUACCCCUUGUAUUCAGAAAACUCUUCCCCUCACAUAUUCUCCUUUCCAAAACAACGUGGGAGCUUAGCAAAAAACAAGUCAGCAGUGGACACUACAGAAAGACCUUCUUCUGUCAGCCCGUUAUCCAUUUCUUUAAAAGCUAAGCCAGAUUCCUCCACGAAUGCGCCAUCUUGUGGGCUAACUGGACAAAACAGCACGACAGGUACAAGAUCGGAUCCUCUAAGUUUCCCAGUUAUUGCUGAUUCAGCUGUACAGCCCCCUGUGCCUCCCACAAUUCAGUGCAACUUCUCACCAACAUCCCCUCCUCUUCCUCCUCCCCCAAUAUUUGUGAGUCCUGUGUUUAGUCCCCAGAACAAUAAUUCCAUUUCUGGUUCCACAGCAUGGUCGUGCUCAUCUCUGCAACCCAAAACAGAGAGACUUUCCCCAACAUCAAUUUGUGCAGGUGGUGAACACAAAGAUUCGCUCAGUGUGCCCUUCCUUCAGACCUCUACCUCCUGGAGCAGAACUGGGUGUAAAAAGGUCGAGGGCCAGCGCAUUACGCACAUCUCGGCAGAGCAGAAGCGGCGGUGUAACAUAAAGAUAGGGUUCGACACUCUGCAUAAUCUGGUGACAACUCUGCAUGGACAGCACAGCAAUAAGCUCAGCAAGGCAACCACCCUGCAGAAGACAGCUGAGUAUGUCUAUAAGCUGCAGCAGGAGCGGGUCCAACUGCAAGAAGAGGCACAGCACCUUCGUUGUCAGAUCCAGGAGCUCAAUGACAGUAUUAGCCUUUGUCAGCAGCAGCUCCCAGCCUCUGGCAUUCCUAUGACACAACAGCGGUUCCAGCACAUGCGUCAACUGUUCCAGAACUAUGUACAAUCACGGACCCUGCAAAACUGGAAGUUCUGGCUUUUCAGCCUCGUCAUCAGGCCUCUUUUUGAGUCAUUUAACAGGACAGUUUCCACUGCAAGUCUGGCAGAUCUCAGGCAGACGUCUCUUGAAUGGUUGGACCAGUACUGCUCCCUCCCAGCGCUGCGGCCCUCUGUGUUAAGUUCACUUUGCCAGCUCAGCACCUCUACAUCCAUUCUCAGUGACCCAACACUGUUGCCAGAGCAAGCAUUACAGGCUGUCACCCGGCCGGAUAAUGAGGAUAUCUUUGUCUAAUUGAGCCAGACUGACAUUCCCUUCCCCGCACUGCUCUAUGUUUAUACUGAAUAUAAAUGGACCUUUUAAUGUGAUAGCCUAUUAAAACCGUGGACUGUUAUAUUUUUCCUUGGCAUACCUCCCAACUGUCCCGUUUUCAGUGGAACAGUCCCUCUUUUAACAGCUCAACCACAGACCAGUGUUUGUACUGGAAAGUCCCGAUUUUCUUUGCACUGAACAGCUAAAAAAAGAUGUUUCUAACUUAUUCGGCUUUUUGCAGAGAGUGCAGAACAGUCACAGCUGCAGAUAAGAUACUUUUGUAACAAUUUUGAGAUAAGAAAAUAAGUAAUUGUAACAAUUAAGAU